AGCUGGUUGGAUCCAUAAUUAACGACCUUUGUUGAUGCAUGACAUUUUUCCUUUGAUUCAGUCAAACAAACUCACUCCAAUGCGUCCACUGUUGGCCAAUCAGCGUGCAUGCGAGAAACGUCUGAACGUCCAAUCGGUUGCCGCCUUUGCUUGCGGCAGCCUAACGGCUUCCUUGCUGGGCUGGCACCGCACGUUCGUUCGAGUGUAUACUCCCAUCACAUCCUCCCUUUUUUCAUGUUCUUGCUGCUGUACUUUGCUAAAUAGUCCAUACACUUUACCACUCCGCGUCCUCUUUGUUGGAUCUGCCGAUGUCGCCUCAUUGCCGCACGCAGUAUAACGCUC